CUGUGGGCAAGCAACACGGACGCAGCUAUUGCCUCUGUCGGGAUCGCCACAACCUCUAAUACUCAACGAGAGCCAGGCGUUACCACUGAUGACUGGUCCUAAGAGCGCUGGAAUGUCCGCUGGUGUGCGUCAGCCCACCUUUGAUCUAUCCACACCAUUCCCCCGCCAUGAACCCUCCGAGGCUGGAAUAAACACACCAUGUUGCUAACCCGUAAAUAAAUGACACCCAAAAACAAUUCUCCUCCGACUGAGGCCGCAGGAUUUACUUGCUUCCCUCACUUCGCAAUAGCUCCUCGCCCAUCAUAUAACCCGAGCUAAAAGGCUCCAAAUAUUGCCGUCGUGUUCUGUCUGCCCAGAAUUCCACACCUCACCAACCGAUUUAACACACAGAGACAAAGGCCAAAGAAUAGCACAUCAUGGCUUCGAAGGGUACGAUGAAGGCGGUCGUCUUCAAGGGCAAGCUGCAAGUUGAAGUUGAGGACAGACCUAUCCCCAAAAUCCAAGAUCCCAAAGACAUCAUUGUCAAAGUCAGAUACACUGCGCUUUGCGGGAGUGAACUUCAUGUCUUUCGCGGCCAUCAGCCGUCCGGCACUGGCUUCAUCAUGGGCCACGAGUUUACGGGAGAGGUUGUUGAGACAGGUUCCGACGUCAAAUCGUUCAAAAAGGGGGACAAGAUCGUCACACCCUUUACCACCAACUGUGGCGAAUGCUUUUACUGCAAGAGAGGGUUCUCAUCACGUUGCGAGAAAUGCCAACUCUUCGGAACGGUAAUCCUCGACGGCGGGCAAGCAGAAUACUGUCGAAUCCCACUGGCAGACAGCACGGUCGUCAAGGCCCCAGCGAAUAUUCAGGAGAAUAAGCUUGUGCUGAUGGCCGACAUCUUUCCGACAGGGUAUUUUGCCGCUGCCAACGCAUUUCGAGGGAUGGACCAGGAAGUGAUAUCGCAGAGUGUCGUGCUCCUCAUUGGAUGUGGACCGGUCGGAUUAUGUUCCCUGGUCUGCGCUCUCGAGUACAAACCCAAAGCUAUCCUCGCCAUCGACGGCGUUGAGGCUCGUUUGGAGCAGGCGAGAAAGCUCGGCGCCGAGCCCUGGAAUUACCAGAAGGACAUGGAUGGGUUGAAGAAGCGGGUAUUGGAACUCUCGGACGGAAGGGGAGCAGACACAGCAAUCGAACUGGUAGGUCACAGCAGUGCGUUGGGCAUGGCCUUUGACCUUCUGAGACCGUGGGGCAACAUUUCUAGCAUUGGCGUCCAUAACGGAGAGAUUCCAUGGACAGGAAAUCAGGCUUACGGGAAGAACUUGAGAAUUCAGAUGGGCAGGUGUCCAGUUCGAAGCCUCUUUGAAGAGGCCCUGGACAUGCUUGCAAAGAAACAGGACCAGUUGGAUUUCAUGACUGACAACAUCAAGCCUCUCACGGAGGCCGUGAAGUGGUACGAUGAGUUCAACAACAUGAGAGUUCAAAAGGUGGUUUUUGAGGCAGAUAAAUGAGCGGUUAGGAAUACUUGCCUCCCUUCUGUCUCUAGAUCCCUACGCAGGGGUUCACAAGAUAUUGUAGUCCCUGGGGGUAGCUCUGGCUAAUGCAGACUGGAUCUCAACCUUUGAAUCUCCCAGGAUUCCCCAUGUUCCCGAGAUCAAACAAACUCUGGUACAACGGGUACUACGUUUGGACAUGGUGGCUGCAUGCGUUCUGGUGGGUCAAAGACGUUUAUCCCCGCCACAUAGGAUCUUGGCCCAGAUUCAUGAUGCCGAUGAGAAGAUCGGAUAGUAUUCAUGGCAUAUUAUGCGGGUAGAUAGGAGGUCAGGGAGGCUGGCGC